AUGCUCUUCCCGACCGUGGGCCACGAGCCCACGUGGGGAGGGCCGGCCGUGGGCUUGGGCCGCCGAGAUCCCCGCGGCCGCUUCCCGGGCUCCGGGCUCCAGGCUGCGAGCGUGUGCGGCCCGCCGGCCGAGCGGGGCCCCGGAGCUGGCCGGGUCGCCGGCACCGAGGCCCGAUCGCUCAGGCUUGCGUCCCUGCUCCCGCACACAGGCAUCUCUCGGGACAACUGGCACAAGCGCCGCAAGACCGGGGGCAAGAGAAAGCCCUACCACAAGAAGCGGAAGUAUGAGCUGGGACGGCCUGCGGCUAACACUAAGAUUGGCCCUCGUCGCAUCCACACGGUCCGUGUGCGAGGAGGCAAUAAGAAGUACCGUGCCCUGAGAUUGGAUGUGGGAAACUUUUCCUGGGGUUCUGAGUGCUGUACUCGCAAGACAAGGAUCAUUGACGUCGUCUACAAUGCGUCCAAUAACGAGCUGGUCCGCACCAAGACUCUGGUCAAGAACUGCAUCGUGCUCAUUGACAGCACCCCGUACCGACAGUGGUACGAGUCCCACUAUGCACUGCCCCUGGGCCGCAAGAAGGGGGCCAAGCUGACUCCUGAGGAGGAAGAAAUAUUAAACAAAAAACGAUCAAAGAAAAUUCAGAAGAAAUACGAUGAAAGGAAAAAGAACGCCAAGAUCAGCAGUCUCCUGGAGGAGCAGUUCCAGCAGGGCAAGCUUCUGGCCUGUAUCGCCUCAAGACCAGGCCAGUGUGGCAGAGCAGAUGGCUAUGUACUAGAAGGCAAGGAGCUGGAGUUUUAUCUGAGGAAGAUCAAAGCCCGGAAAGGCAAAUAAACCAUCCAUCAUAGCUCAUGUAAUAAAGGUGUUUAUUCUGUA